AUGCAAACACGUUCAACAUUAGAUACAAGUUUAAAUAAUUUAUUUACAAAUAUUGAACGGUUACGUACACGUGAUUUAUUAUCCUAUGAACAACUUUCAUAUGAUAGUAUAUUAACAUCAAUUCAAAUUGGUCAAUAUCCUAAAAAUGAUAUAUGGCGUUUAUAUGAAAUACUUGCACGUAUUUAUACAUUAUUACAACUACCAAAUGAAAAUACAAAUUCCUUAAAUAAUGAACAUGUUAAUGAAGAACAAGAAAUGAUUGAUAGUUCAUCAGAUAAUAUUCUUAUUGCACUUAUUGCAGAAUUAUAUGAACAUACUAAACAAAUUAUCAACAUCACCCUAUGA